CUUCCACAUAUACUUAAUUUAGAAAAUCACGAUCUGGAGAUGUCGGGAGUGUGGGUGUUCAAGAAUGGCGUCAUUCGGCUACUUGAGAAUCUUGGAGCCGAGACGAACAUUGAUAAGGCAAAGCGAAAGGUUCUGGUUUACACUCCAAGCAACGAGGUCAUAACCUCUUACUCACAACUCCAACGACAUCUCUACGCACUUGGCUGGGAACGUUACUACAAGGAGCCUCAUCUCCUUCAGUACCACAAAGCCUCCACCGUUCAUCUCAUCUCACUCCCAACUGAUUUCUCCAGGUUUAGGUCGAUGCACAUGUACGACAUCGUCGUCAAGAACCGCAACAUGUUCCAAGUCAGGGACAUGUAGCCAUAUUUUGGCAGCUUUCUAUUUUCAGGCUCUUGACCAUAAGAUGGGUUAUGCAUCUUGUUGAUGUUUGUGUGUGUGUGUGUGUGUGUCACGGUGUGGUUUGAACCGUUUGAUAUGUGCUAUAUUUAUGUGAAGCUAACGUUGUGUUAAAUGUUUUUUUUCUUUUGGUAAAACGUUGUGUUGAAUGUUGGAUGUCUAAUAUUGUGGAAAAUUUAUGUUAAUUUGUAUAUGAUACCCACCUCUUUAUACUUUAAUAUGA